AUGAAGGAAAUUAAUUUUGAUUGUUUAAUACAUAUUAUUAAUGAACUACGAAAUGAUAAGAAAACAUUAUACACAUGUCUUUUGAUCAAUAAAAUCUGGAGUAAUAUCGUAAUACCAAUAUUAUGGAAGUAUCAUUCAUGGAAUAUUUAUAAUAAUGAAUCAAAAAUAAAACUUUAUAAUAUAAUAUUAUCAUUUUUAUCAUUAAAAACAAGAAAUAAUUUAUUAAAUAAUGAAAUUAAAUUACCUUCUUCAAUAUUAAAAUUAAAAACUCCAUUAUUUAAUUAUUUAAAUUAUUGUGAAUUUCCUGAACCUGAAGAUAUUAAAGAUAUUAUUAUAAGAAUGAUUUUAAGUAAUAAAAUUAUUAUUAAUAAUGAUGAUGAUAAAAAAUAUUAUUUAUUAGAACAAGAAAUUUAUAAAUUAUUCGUUAAUAAUUGUAAAGAUAUUAAAAAUUUAAUAUGGAAAACUUAUCAACCUUUAUCAUUAUUUCCUGGAGCUAUAAAUUGUUUUUCUAAACUUUAUAGUUUAUCUAUUGAUCCUGAUAAUAUAAAUUCUAAUUCUAUUUAUGAAAUGUCAAAAAUUUGUAAAAAUUUAAAUAUAUUAUCAAUUUAUAAUUGUUCAAAGGAUCAUCAUGGAUUAAUUUCUUUGAUUGACGUUCAAAAAAAUUUAGAAAAAUUAAAUAUUUAUCAUAAUGAUAUUAAUAAGAAAGGAAAUUGUCAAGAAUUAAGUAAAGCAUUAGCAAGAAAAGGUGAUACUAUAAAUGAAAUUCAUUUAGAUUUAUUUAAUAAUAUUCCUUCUUCAUUUAUGAUUUCUUUAAAUAAUUUAAAACGUAUUGAUAUUUUUAAUCAAGAUAUAAGAGAGGAGGAGAUUAAUAUUAAUGAAUUUCAACAAUAUCUUGCAAUUUCAAAAUUUCCUAAAUUGGAAUUUUUUAAUGUUAAAGGACUUUUAUGCUUUAAAGAAUUUUCACUAUUAAUUAAAGGGACAAGAGGAAAUCUUUCACAUCUUUUAAUUGAUAUUAAAACGGAUGAAUUUAUUAUUAAAAAUACUGGAAUGUUAAUUAAUGAAAUUUCUAAUAAUUGUCCAAAUAUUAAAAUAUUAUAUACUUUUAUUGAAUCAAAAGAUUUUAUUCAUAUAAAAUCUUUAUUAUUAAAUUGUAAAAAAUUACAAGAUAUAAGAUUUUAUAAUUUAAAUAAUUUUAUUGAAGAUUAUUAUCAUAAUGAUAAUAUAGGUGAUGAAUUAUUAAAUAUUUUAUCAAAUAAUAAUAAUGAUUUAUUUUCUUUAAAUCAUCUUUUUAUUAGUGAAGAUUGGGGUUAUUCUAUUGAUGCUCUUGAAAGAUUUUUUCAAAGUUUUAAAGAAAAAAAUUUGAUUUCUUUUAAUAUUAUACAUAAUAGAAAUUUUUAUAUUACUGAUGAUCAUAAAGAAAUUAUUAGAAAAUAUAUUAAUGAAGGUGUAAUCCGUUAUUCCAAUUAUAUGUAAUAUCUUCGUUUUUUUUUUGGUUUUACGAUAAACGAAAAUAUAUUGAUACUGGAUCACGGGAACAUAUAUCGAUAUACGUAAUUAUGGUCACGUGGAAAUUUAUUUUUUACAUACAAAAUCAUUCAUUUGAUCAUUUCUUUAUUCGAUGAAAUUAGCAGAAUUAUUAGUAUUAUCAUACGUUAUUAUGGAUUAAUAUUUUCAUUCCGGACUAAUAAUUGCAACAAUAGCUCCAUUUUUUUUACGCUUCGGCCUGUCAUUUUCGAAAGUUAUAUAAUAGUCAUAUACGAAAUUACGAAUAAUACCCAU